AUGUAUUUAAAUAUCAGCGGACCAACGAAAAGCUUCACAUCAAAGCCAAACGAAGAAAUGCAAUCGAGCAACUACAUUCUUGGAUCAUUCCUAAGUUUGGUUAUAUUAUCUGGUGUAUGUGGGAAUAUUCUGGUCGUAUAUUCCAUCUUGAAGGAACAACGAUUACUCAAAAGCAACUAUUAUUAUCUCGUUUUAAAUUUAGCAGUCGUCGAUGGCCUUCACCUCCUGACUGCUCUACGGUUAAACUACACCAAUUGGUUCAAUGCAUGGCCUCUUACUGAAACAGCUGCUUGUAAAAUUUGGCUUUAUUUUGAGAUGCUCCUUUGCAAUUGUGGAGUACAACUUAUGGCUAUUAUUUGUAUUAUUCGUUAUCGUGCAGUUUUGCAGCCUUUAAAACCCCCGAUUUCUCGAAGAAAGUUAACGUUGUUCCCAUUAUUCCUGUUUAUUACCAUAAGCAUUUAUCUCACUCCUUAUAUUGUAGCUUUUGAGCACAGUCCAUUGAAAGGAUGCUAUCAGGAAUGGUCCAACAAAAUAUUAAGACUCAUUUAUACUUCGUUUACUAUGAAUGUUCACUUCCUCUUGCCGGUUACACUCAUGUCCGUGUUGUACUAUAAAAUAUGUCGAGCUUUAAUAUCACAAGCAAACAAGAUGAACGCUAUGCUACAAGCCGAAAUUGUUCCCGGAAUUCAGAACUCACAGAGCGGGACCCAGGAACAUUUCCAAAGAAUUCGGCACCACCGCAAUACCAAAACAUUCCUUGUAAGUGCUGUAAGCGUUGGGAUUUUUACAAUAACGUUGAUACCUUUUGAAAUAUGGUGGAUUUCUGAUGCGAAUGAUUUUGGAAUUUUGAAAAGCGACUACGCGG